UGAUUCAUGGAUCACAAGCACGCUACUGAGCUGACUACCACCACCACUACUGAGCCGACUACCACCACUACCACUACUGAGACGACUACCACCACUACCACUACUGAGACGACUACCACCACUACCACUACUGAGCCGACUACCACCACUACCACUACUGAACCGACUACCACCACCACCACCACCACUACUGAGCCGACUACCACCACUACUGAGCCGACUACCACCACAACUGAGCCGACUACCACCACUACUACUGAGCCGACUACCACCACUACUACUACCACUACCACUACCACCACUACCACUACUAAGCCGACUACAACUACUCCUGCUGAUUCCACCACAACUCUCCGCCCUUACAUCAAACCCAACUGCAGUGUUCUCAGUGACGGAAGCAAGUUCCCUCACCCUGACUGUAACAAGUUCUGGGAGUGCCGGGACGGGCAGGCCAUAGUGAUGCUGUGUGCUGGUGGCACAGUCUGGGAUGACGUGCUUCAGAUCUGCAACUGGGAAGAGAAUGUUGACAUCUCCAACUGCAACAUGUGGACUUGUCAGGUGGAUAACGAGUACUAUGCUGCCGAAGACUGUGACAAGUACUACUGGUGCUACCAGGGGUCGCCACACCUCGAGCAGUGCCCCAAUGGUCUCUUCUGGAAUCAAAACGUUCUGCAGUGUGAGGAUCCUUCCCUUGUUGAUACUUCCUUCUGCAACCAUUGAUGUGUCUACAACAACCAGCCACUGAUCCUUACCACCACAACCACCACUGAUCCUCGCCAGCACAGAUCCUCACCUCCACAAUCACCAUUGAUCCUCACCACUACAACCACCAAUGAUCC